UCUUGAUGUCGGCCAGACAAGUGAGGCCCGAGCGAGCACCCCAGAUUGACUCCUCCUCACUUGUAAUCUCUACUGAAGGCUUCCAAGAUAGUAAAGAUUGCUGCUCUUGGGACAAGGAGAAGUACCCCAGAACACAGGCUUCUGUUUGGGGAAUCACCUCCCAAGCCCAAGGGUGAAAAUGCAGGCCUGGGGCCUGGAGUCGAGUUGGCUUCUUGCGCAUCUCCCUCCUGCCCCCACCCUGGCCCUAUCCCACACGUCUCGGGACACAGAGUUGCACCCAGCGUGGCGAUUUAGCAGCAGUUCUAUUUCUUGACCUGUUAAGUGGUUACACGGGUGUGUUCUCUUUGCACACUUUUCUCUGCGUACAUUAUACUUCAACAAAAAGGGUUUAUUUUAUAAGCACUGAGCGCCACAGUAAUGGCCGUGGUCAGGUAAAAGGCUCCCAAGGUGGAGAGGGAGUAGAGGCAGAGGAGGGCGGAACGGCUCUCCCGCCCACACGGUGGGCACCUCCCACGCAGGGCCCAAGUCUUCAUCAUUGUGGUCCCAGAGCCCAGCUCUGAGCUGCCACAGUAGGCCCGGGAUGGAAUGAAGGAAACCAGGAAGGCGCCUCCACCUCCCAGUCCCCAUGUGUCGCAGGAUUGUGCGUGGUCAGAGAACUGCAGGACGUUCCAAGAAUGGAUGACCCCACGGUCACACUGAUGGCUCUGUUCAGGGGACAGUCCUCCUUCCCCCCAGGCCCGAUUCUCAGAAGGGCAAGAGCCUGGCGGCUCAUCUCAUCUCCGCUCCGUACUGGUGACAGCUCCAGUGUUGGGCUUGAGCGCCACCAGCCCCGUUUGGCCUAUCCGGUUGGGUCUCAGCCCCGGCCGGGCCCUCUGACUAAGGUGGGGAAGGGCCCGAGAAAGCGGCCGGAUCCGAGAUAAAAGCAGCAGCAGGGGACGCCAGGGCGGCUGCCAACCUGACCCGUGGAGGUAGGACGUGCACAGCUGACCCCAUACUCUGUGGAAGCCAACCUCGCCGGAAGCCAAGGGAGCCCCCUGAGCGGGGAGGCGUCGCGCGAGCAGGAGCGGAGCCACGCGGGGCCACGAGGGCCCCCGCUCCCAGCGUCGGGCCCCCGCUCCCGGCGUCCGCCCCCCGGCCCAGCGCCGAGGGCUGCAUUCGGAGCCUCGCGCCCUUCAACAGCAGUUGCUCACUCGGAUGCAGCGGGUCAGUAGCAGUCUCCCCAACGGGAGCCAGUCGGCGUCCCGAUGUCCCAGCGUGGCCUUUACUGAACAGAACCAGGUCACCCUGCCGGUGCGGCAGCUCGCGGAAGAUGUGGCAGCUGUACGGGGUGGCUUCCAGAUGAAGAUGUAUGCCCACGGCUUCACCCCUGAGGAGCUGGUGGUUCAAGUGGACGGCGGAUGCCUGAUGGUGACUGGCCAGCGGCAACUGGAGGGCUGUGACCCGGAUGGGAGCGGCUUCCGCGUGGCGCAGAAGGUGCACCAGCAAAUGUCAUUACCACCGGACCUGGAUCCCGCCGCCGUGACCUGCUGCCUGACCCCCUCUGGCCAGCUGUGCGUCCGUGGCCAGUGCCGGGUGCUGCCUUCCCCUGAAGCCCAAACAGGACCCGCCUCGAGACUCAGGAGCCGUGCCUCUUAAGAAGGGUUCCAAACUAGCCUGACCCAGUAAACCACCACCGUAGUGAGCAACACAACAGCUUCAGAGUCUGCGGUCGUUUCUUGGGGCUGGGGUCAGAGGGGGAGGUAGAACAAAGGUAGAGGGAGGCCAGGUGGAGGGCCCAGAGGGGCAGGAAAGGCACCUCAAGGUGGUGGUCCACGAUAAAUCUGGCCCCCGGGAAGCUGGGGGAAGAGUGGGCAGUGUUGCUUUACUCAGCUCAGCUCACUGCUUGGACCAGCAGGGAGCAGCAGAGGGCCAAAAGGGCCCCAGCAUCACUUGACUCCAGAACCAGCAGAGGGCCCCCCAGAGACUAGGGAGCAGACGGCUUGGACCCAGUGUGGGGCUGCCGUCUUGGCCUUAUGACCAGUCCAAGGUUCCAGAGGUCGUCGGUGUUCCUUCCUCUUCAGAGAAGAGGGUGAGAGGACCCCAUCUCUCACGAGCCUAGUACAGACUAAUCAGAAAACCCCAAAGAGGUUGUUUCUGGUGUUCAGAGACCCAACUAUUUUCAAAUACAGAC